UUUUUUCUGUUUUUAGCUUUUCAUUCCUUUCUUUAAUUAUCUUCCACUUCCGCUGUUUGAAAUCUCUCUCUUUCUGGCUCUCUGGGGCUCUGUUUCUCUGAUGUGAUUGAUCGCCGGAAUCAUAUCGCUCGAUCAUUCCGCCGGCAUUUUGGCGAUUCGACUCGGAUGACUCAUUACUUGGAUCCAUUGACGGCCAAGUUUCACAGAGAUUGUAUUCCGGCAGGGGCUAUUAAUCCGCGCAUGUUGAUCCAUCAUUUCUUGGAAUCGAUAUCCUAUAAAGCGGUGGUUCAUGCUUCUCUUUUAAUUCCCGUUCCUUGAACCUACCGAAUUUUUGGAUUAGGGUUUGUUGUUUUGAGGAGAUAUGUUUAAGAAAAUUAUGAAGGGAGGGCAUCGUAAGCCCUCCAAGUCCGACGCUACUGAUCCUUCACUUUAUGGCUUUGGACCGUCGGGGAAUCGCAAUUCUGGGUCUGUUUCGACUACGAACGUGGUGGUGAAUCAUGCUUCUCGGCCUGGACCUGCUGCAUCGGGCCCCAAUUCAAACUGGGCUCCGGGGGUGAUGAUGCUGACGCCUCCUACCGGCACUAUCGAACCUCUCCCGUUGUUCCGCGAUGCACCGGCUUCAGAAAGACAGAAUUUAUUCAUUAGAAAAUUGCAGAUAUGUUGCUAUCAGUUUGAUUUUUCGGACACAAUGAAGUCUGCCAGAGAGAAGGAAAUUAAGCGGCAGACUCUUAUGGAAUUGGUCGAUGUGAUACAAUCGGGGUCGGGCAAAAUCACAGAAACUUGUCAAGAAGAAAUGAUUAGAAUGAUUUCAGUUAAUAUUUUUCGGGGCUUGCCUCCAGCUUCGUAUGAAAAUACGGGCCAGGAAAAUGCUGAUCCUGAAGAAGACGAACCUUAUCUGGAACCGUCAUGGCCUCAUUUGCAGAUUGUAUAUGAACUUUUACUGAGAUAUGUUGUGUCAUCUGAUACUGAUACCAAAAUUUCCAAGAGGUAUAUUGACCACUCAUUCGUGUUGAAACUUUUGGAUUUGUUUGACUCUGAGGAUCCUCGUGAGCGGGAAUAUUUGAAGACAAUCUUGCAUCGUAUAUAUGGAAAGUUCAUGGUUCAUCGGCCAUUUAUUCGGAAGGCUAUCAAUAACAUUUUUUAUCGGUUCAUUUACGAGACAGAAAGACACAGUGGUGUUGGUGAGCUUUUGGAAAUCCUUGGGAGUAUCAUCAAUGGGUUUGCAUUACCAAUGAAAGAGGAGCAUAAAUUGUUUCUUGUUCGGGCACUUAUUCCUUUGCACAAGCCUAAAUCAAUUGCAAUCUAUCACCAACAGCUAUCCUACUGCAUAACACAGUUUGUUGAGAAAGAUUUCAAGUUAGCGGAUACCGUUAUAAGGGGGUUGUUGAAAUAUUGGCCCUUGAUCAACUGCCAGAAAGAAGUUCUUUUCCUGGGAGAGCUUGAAGAAGUACUAGAGGCCACACAAUCAGCGGAGUUUCAGCGCUGCAUGGUUCCACUUUUUAGACAGAUUGCACGUUGCCUGAAUAGCUCUCAUUUUCAGGUUUGAAGCACUAAUUGAUGUCAUGGGGCUUGUUCAAUUCUUAUCCCCUGUUGGGAGGUGUUUUUAAUGUGGGGACUCCAGAUGUUGUCAUCGUAGGGCCUAGUUAAGGUUUUAUUAUGACACAAUAGUAAUGUUUGGAGGAGUGAUGACCAAAAUUUAGUUUGGUAUAUAUUUUUUCGGCCCUGUGAUUGGGUACUAAAUAUUUCAUUGGAACAUAUGAUAGCUGAAACUAGAAGGCCAAGGCUACAACAAAAUCUGUCUUCAAUAGCCUCAGUAGAAGGAAUGUAAUUAUUAAAUCCUCUGCUGUGAGAGCACCAAGAAUAAACAAAAACUAUAAUAACAUUCCAAAUUUGGCCCAACCCCCUGUCAACACUGUGGAAAGUUCAUGCUCCUUUAUUCCUCUUUUAGCCGAGUUUCGUGAUGAGUAGCCCUUUAAGCAUAUGGAUAUUACUUUUCCUCUUGAAAGGCCUCUUGAAAGGGAUGGGUUUAAACUAUAAAGUGAAGAUGUUAUGAAACUGUAAAAUUUCUCUAGUGCAAACUAUCCCCCUCAACCAAAAAUCUGAAAACGCUUGUGCCGGAGGCUAGUAGCUAAAGCGUGACAAGGGAAUGUGUGGUCUAUUUUUCCUCCUUUGUGCUCCACAGAAUGCCUAAGCCGAGGACAGGUUCAAAUUUAGGUAUCUAAAUUUUAACAUGAGAAGGGAGGGACACCAUGAAAGACCAUUAGGAUCCAUUUAAUUUGCGGCUUGCAUAAAAUUAUAGGAUGCAUGUCAAAGAUGUUGUGUGUUUAGUUUGUAUGGCAAUGCAUUCAAAGAUGUACGCAGUUAAUUUAAGUAGGCAUUUAUUUUAAUAUACUCUAAUUAAUUUAAAUUAACUGUAUAAAAACAUCA